ACGGGAGCAGCAUUUCCACGUUGUGGAGCGUGCUCUGAAGGAUCCCUCUGCUGAAGCCUCUGACAACAAUUGAAUAGAAGGAAGCGCCGCGCGCUGACUACUUUCCUCCCCAGAAACACUACCACUUCCCUUGCAUGCCUCUACUCCGCUCGCCUGAACCUGGCUGCCACACCGCCGCGCCCCAAUCCAUGAACAUGGAAAGCGUACUUUUGGUUUUUGUAUCCAUACUGCUAUGUUUUACCUCCACCUCGGCAUUCCUUAUCGUGCAAAACCCCAAGAAGCUGUGUCUGUCCAUGGACAAAUCGACGGUUAUACUCGGGAAAUGCGACCCCAAGAACUCCGCUCAGCAAUGGGAGUGGACCAGCGACAUGCGGCUGCUGCACAUGAAGUCAUCCCGGUGCCUCUGGGCCAAUAUGAACGGGAACCUGCCGCCGCACGCGCGCCGGGUCGAGCUCAGCCAAUGCGAGGUCGCGCCGGCCUGGAGGUGCUACGGCUCCGGAGGAACCUUCGGAUUAGACGAGGCGCCGAUGUUCUUGAAGAAACUAGGCCGCCACGCCAUCAUUAGGGAUGACCCCCGGUAUUCUAAUUGGACCAAGUAUAACGCGGAUUCAGGAGGGAAAAACGUGAGGACGUCUUUGUGCCCAGAAAAAGACACCAGCCUCGUCUCCACCUCGAUGUCUUCUUCCACACACAAACCCCUCGGAGAGGGCAGUAGAACGGACUCUACAUUGAAAUCCGCAGCAGGAACGGAUCUUCACAAACAGUCGACAAACACCGCCACCAACGACCGGAGCUCCAAACGCAGCUCCAAACCCCUAGCCCACCACCAUGGCACCUCUUCCAACAGGCUCGCAACCGAGGUGGACGACGUCAUCCUGGACCGCACCAAGAGGGCCACCAUAACCCAAUCGGUGCCCGGGGUUUCAACGGCUUUCACCGAGCAAUCGCCGCACGACAACGGAACUCUGGCCGCUCUGUCGUCGCGGCGGUCUUCGUCCGCGUCCGACGUGUCAGCGGAUGUAUUGUCGGCAAGCGAGGCAGGUCGACAGACCCCGGUAACAGGCCCACAGACCCCGGCAACAGGCCAACAGACCUCGGCGACAGGCCUCCAGACCCCGGCGACAGGCCCAAAGACCCCGGCAACAGGCGCCCAGACCCCGGCGACAGGCCUCAAGACCCCGGCAACAGGCGCACAGACCCCGGCGACAGGCCAACAGACCCCGGCGACAGGCCAACAGACCCGGGCGACAGGCCAACAGACCCGGGCGACAGGAGCACAGACCCUGGCGACAGGUCCUCAGUCCCUGGCGACAGGGACGGGGGGCUGGACAAAGACCCUACCGGCGCAAAGGGCUCCUUUGGCCUCUGCUCGUGGAGACGUGCCAGCAUCGACGGCGGCCACAGCUGCCCGUCUGGCUGCCUCUACGAUUUCCCCGGAGCCCGGCUCGAGAGGCGAGACGAAUCCAGCUGUCCCCUCAUUGGACCGUUCCGUGACCACUGAGCCUGAGGUCGCGGCUACUGGUGUUGGCGCUUUGUCGUCCCCCGUGGAUGCUUCUGACACAACGUCGAACCUGGCUGCUACUCAAGCACAGGUGAUCAACAGCAGCGGCAGCACCAGCAGCAGCACCACCACCACCACCAACACCAGCAACAGCAGCAACACCCCCGACACCACCACCACCAUUGACACCACCACCACUGACGCAACUGACACCACCACCACCACCAACACCACCAACACCAGCAACAGCAGCAACACCCCAGACACCAACACCACCAACACCAUUGACACCACCACCACUGACACAACCGACACCACCACCACCACCAACACCACCACUGAAACCACCACCACCAACACCACCAACACCAGCAACACCAUUGACACCACCACCACUGACACAACCGACACCACCACCACCACCAACACCACUGACACCACCACUGACACCACCAACACCACUGACACCAACACUGACACCACCACCACCAACACCACUGACACCAACACUGACACCACCACCACCACCACUGACACAACCGACACCACCACCACCACCACCACCACCACUGACACCACCACCACCACCACCGACCCCACCACCAACACAAUUGACACCACCAGCACCACCCACGGGAACAUUAGCGCUGCAUCGAUAAGGACGGACGACGGGGCUACGUCAAACCCGGCUUCCCCCGCCUCCGUGGAUCACCUCACGGACACGGAGGCGACGGCCACGCUCAGGUUACCUGCCGAGUCAGCGACGACGGACGGGGGUCCACCGCCAUCUGAACCUCAGGUCACGUCUGAAACGGCCACCGCAGGGAACACGACCACGCACACCCACCGGAAACCACGGAGCACCCCCCUCAUGACCUCGCCCCAAGCGAGAGUCACGCCCCUUUUAUCAAUACACACGCCCACCACCAUGAUAGCCACGCCCCUUACCUCGACACACCCAUCAUCCACCAGGAUAGACACGGCCCUAACCAUGACACACCCACUUUCCACCAUGAUAGAUAGCCACGCCCCUUACCUCAACCAACUCACCUUCCACCAGGAUAGCCACGCCCCUUACCUCAACCCACUCACCUUCCACCAGGAUAGCCACGCCCCUUACCUCAACCCACUCACCUUCCACCAGGAUAGCCACGCCCCUUACCUCAACCCACUCACCUUCCACCAGGAUAGCCACGCCCCUUACCUCAACCCACUCACCUUCCACCAGGAUUGA